AAGCCUGUUGAUGUAACGUAACAGACCCUGACCCCCAUCGUGGCUUCCAUAUUGUGAUGAAACAGCGGUUGCCCGAUUUCUCUCUUUCCCCCCGUUUUCCUCUGGUCGAGACCUUAUCUUCCUUACCACUUCGUCACUCUUUGUCUUCCACUUUUCCACACUCUCUAACAGUCGCUCUUUAGCCCAACACAUUCUUUUACUCCAGACUCGCUGUGCGAUCUUGAAUCCAAUCCUUUCAUCACUUCCAAUCUCCCAAUCUCUGAUCUCCAAUCUUUCAUCAUGCUCUUCAACAAGUCCAUCUUUGCCGUUGCCAUUGUGGCUUUGGCUAACGUCGUGACUGCCACUACUGUGCAGACCCCGGCCUGUGUUCUCAAGAUCAUCGGCAACCAAGCCAACCCGGCCGAUUCGAAGGCUAUCUGCGGCUCGGGCGCCAGCAAGAUCCAGUCCGAUAUCUCCAAGAACUGUCCCGAUAGCGAGGCCUCCCUGAAGUUCUUCGUCAACAACUGCGCCCAGCUCGGCCACAAAGUUGCCACUGAUGUUUCCACCGCUACCUCUACUUCUACCGGCACCUCCGAGAGCUCUACUGCCACCGGCUUCGUCACCGCUGUCUCCUCUGGCUCUGCCACUGCGACUGGUUCCUCCGCCGCCGCCACUGGCACUGGCUCCAGCACUGGCACUGGCUCCGGCACUGGCACCGCCUCCGGGUCUGGUACCGCCGCGACCGCUUCUCCGACCUUCAACGCGGCUUCGUCCGACCGCCAGUUCUCCGCCACCACCUUUGUUGCCGCGGUGUUCCUCGGCGCUGCUGCUUUGCUGUAAGGACCUGGCAUGAACUGAGAGCAGCGAAUAUCGAUGCGAGCAUAUAUUAUUAACCUUGAUGUUGCUCCUUUCGAUCUGAUUUGAAUCAUCGUUGUUGUUCAGGGAUCUGGUUCGAAUUCUCUAAUAUGUUGCUCGUCUGAUGCCAAUAUUUGAAUCCCUUGAACUUUUAUCUUCUUAUUUGCCAAAAAUCACAUUGAUUUAUGUGCUCUUCACCUUCCCACAGAAUAAUUAUUGAAAACGUCUAGGUCUGCCUCAAUUGCCAAUCAGUCGGUCGAUGUAAACAGAUUCAAACGAAUUCAAUCAAUGACCAAAAGAUGCCAGGAUGUUCCCCUUGUCGACGAGAACGAACAGUCCAUACUAAGUACUUCUGAGGCCAUCCCCGCACCUCUUGGCCCCUUGAUGAGAAGUUCGAUGUAGAUCCAUCACAUUGAUGUGCAAUGCAGCAAGGGUUCCAAGGUUGGGAUCGAGCCUCCCGGUGUUGCAUAUGAUGUUGACACGGAGUAGGACAUGGCGGGGUGAACCUCUGUCA